AUGCCACGAUCGUCAAGAUCGUCGCGAGUGUCGCGAGCGCCGUCGUUAGUAACCCUCGCGGUGGCGCUGGUGCUAUUGGCGGGGGGCGCGAUUCGCGGCGGCGAAUGCAUGCUGCGAACCAUGCGGCUCGUCACCCUGCCGAAUAACGCGCUAGGCGCCAGAUGUCUCGACGGCAGCGAACCUUCGUAUUACUUCCGCCCAGGCGCCUCCCCUGCACCGCCCGUCAAGCGGACCUCUCCGCGCGCAGCCUCUUCGCCAAUAGCAGGCGGCCACGUGGCAGGCAGCGCCCAGUCCGCCAAUCGGCGGUGGUUCGCCAGCAGAAGCAGCGGGAUUACCACGGGGAAACCGAAUCAAUGGCCAUCGUCGUUGCCGGCGGGCGGCGCCGCGGAUCGCGCCACGUGGCAGCCAGCGCAAACGCCGGGGGGCGACCCGGAGAUAAAGAUUCACAUCCACCUGCCGGCGGGAGGGUGGUGCUUCAACGCGCAAGAGUGCCUUAAUCGCUCCUUGACCUUCCUGGGUUCCAGUGAGGGUUGGCCCACUAUCAUCCCCGAUGUGAGUUACCCCCCCUACCCCGCCCCCCCCCACCCCCCCUCCUCCCUCCCCCCGGCUUCCCCCUCCCCCUCUCAGCCCUCCCCGUCUCCCUCCUCGCCGUUUCCCCCCUUCCCCUAUACUCUCCUUUCGCCAACCCUUUCGUUCCCCGUCCCCCCACCUUCAACGUCCCUAAGUUGCGCCCCUCUCGUUCCCCCUUCCUCCCACCCCCUCUCGUCACAACUACUGCGCGCAUCCCCCUUUUCCCCACCCCCCCUCCCCCAUCCUUCCCCAGUCAGCCCCCAUGGGCGGCAUUCUGAGCGGCUUUCCGGACUUGAACCCUCCGUUCGCGGGUCAGCGCACAUCUCCUCUUCCCCCCCACUCCUUUCCGCUCCCCCCAUCCUCCCCCAGUCGGUUCCCAUGGGCGGGAUUCUGAACGACGAUCCGGAUGUGAACCCGCUAUUCGCGGACUGGCCCCUCGCGCGCAUCAACUACUGCGACGGCGGGGGCUUCGCGGGGCAGCGCGGGCGCAUCAACGUCACCAUCCCGGGCGCGCCUGUUAGGGGGAAGCAGGCGGGCGGGCAGGCAGGGGGGCAAGGGGGAAAGCAGGGGCGGGUGCUGGCGGGGAUGAAGCCCGGGCCUGGGGGACCGGGGGCAGGCGGGGGGAGCGGGGGGGCGGUGGGGGGGAGGCCGGGGGGGACGGUCGGGGGGAAGCCAGGGGGAUCGGCGGGGGGGAGGCAAAAGAUCGUACCUCUUUACAUGGAUGGUGAAUCGAAGGGCGACGAUUCCUUUGGGAGUGAAUCGAAGGGCGACGAUUCCUUUGGGAGUGAAUCGAAGGGCGACGAUUCCUUUGGGAGUGAAUCGAAGGGCGACGAUUCCUUUGGGAGUGAAUCGAAGGGCGACGAUUCCUUUGGGAGUGAAUCGAAGGGCGACGAUUCCUUUGGGAGUGAAUCGAAGGGCGACGAUUCCUUUGGGAGUGAAUCGAAGGGCGACGAUUCCUUUGGGAGUGAAUCGAAGGGCGACGAUUCCUUUGGGAGUGAAUCGAAGGGCGACGAUUCCUUUGGGAGUGAAUCGAAGGGCGACGAUUCCUUUGGGAGUGAAUCGAAGGGCGACGAUUCCUUUGGGAGUGAAUCGAAGGGCGACGAUUCCUUUGGGAGUGAAUCGAAGGGCGACGAUUCCUUUGGGAGUGAAUCGAAGGGCGACGAUUCCUUUGGGAGUGAAUCGAAGGGCGACGAUUCCUUUGGGAGUGAAUCGAAGGGCGACGAUUCCUUUGGGAGUGAAUCGAAGGGCGACGAUUCCUUUGGGAGUGAAUCGAAGGGCGACGAUUCCUUUGGGAGUGAAUCGAAGGGCGACGAUUCCUUUGGGAGUGAAUCGAAGGGCGACGAUUCCUUUGGGAGUGAAUCGAAGGGCGACGAUUCCUUUGGGAGUGAAUCGAAGGGCGACGAUUCCUUUGGGAGUGAAUCGAAGGGCGACGAUUCCUUUGGGAGUGAAUCGAAGGGCGACGAUUCCUUUGGGAGUGAAUCGAAGGGCGACGAUUCCUUUGGGAGUGAAUCGAAGGGCGACGAUUCCUUUGGGAGUGAAUCGAAGGGCGACGAUUCCUUUGGGAGUGAAUCGAAGGGCGACGAUUCCUUUGGGAGUGAAUCGAAGGGCGACGAUUCCUUUGGGAGUGAAUCGAAGGGCGACGAUUCCUUUGGGAGUGAAUCGAAGGGCGACGAUUCCUUUGGGAGUGAAUCGAAGGGCGACGAUUCCUUUGGGAGUGAAUCGAAGGGCGACGAUUCCUUUGGGAGUGAAUCGAAGGGCGACGAUUCCUUUGGGAGUGAAUCGAAGGGCGACGAUUCCUUUGGGAGUGAAUCGAAGGGCGACGAUUCCUUUGGGAGUGAAUCGAAGGGCGACGAUUCCUUUGGGAGUGAAUCGAAGGGCGACGAUUCCUUUGGGAGUGAAUCGAAGGGCGACGAUUCCUUUGGGAGUGAAUCGAAGGGCGACGAUUCCUUUGGGAGUGAAUCGAAGGGCGACGAUUCCUUUGGGAGUGAAUCGAAGGGCGACGAUUCCUUUGGGAGUGAAUCGAAGGGCGACGAUUCCUUUGGGAGUGAAUCGAAGGGCGACGAUUCCUUUGGGAGUGAAUCGAAGGGCGACGAUUCCUUUGGGAGUGAAUCGAAGGGCGACGAUUCCUUUGGGAGUGAAUCGAAGGGCGACGAUUCCUUUGGGAGUGAAUCGAAGGGCGACGAUUCCUUUGGGAGUGAAUCGAAGGGCGACGAUUCCUUUGGGAGUGAAUCGAAGGGCGACGAUUCCUUUGGGAGUGAAUCGAAGGGCGACGAUUCCUUUGGGAGUGAAUCGAAGGGCGACGAUUCCUUUGGGAGUGAAUCGAAGGGCGACGAUUCCUUUGGGAGUGAAUCGAAGGGCGACGAUUCCUUUGGGAGUGAAUCGAAGGGCGACGAUUCCUUUGGGAGUGAAUCGAAGGGCGACGAUUCCUUUGGGAGUGAAUCGAAGGGCGACGGUUCCUUUGGGAGUGAAUCGAAGGGCGACGAUUCCUUUGGGAGUGAAUCGAAGGGCGACGAUUCCUUUGGGAGUGAAUCGAAGGGCGACGAUUCCUUUGGGAGUGAAUCGAAGGGCGACGAUUCCUUUGGGAGUGAAUCGAAGGGCGACGAUUCCUUUGGGAGUGAAUCGAAGGGCGACGAUUCCUUUGGGAGUGAAUCGAAGGGCGACGAUUCCUUUGGGAGUGAAUCGAAGGGCGACGAUUCCUUUGGGAGUGAAUCGAAGGGCGACGAUUCCUUUGGGAGUGAAUCGAAGGGCGACGAUUCCUUUGGGAGUGAAUCGAAGGGCGACGAUUCCUUUGGGAGUGAAUCGAAGGGCGACGAUUCCUUUGGGAGUGAAUCGAAGGGCGACGAUUCCUUUGGGAGUGAAUCGAAGGGCGACGAUUCCUUUGGGAGUGAAUCGAAGGGCGACGAUUCCUUUGGGAGUGAAUCGAAGGGCGACGAUUCCUUUGGGAGUGAAUCGAAGGGCGACGAUUCCUUUGGGAGUGAAUCGAAGGGCGACGAUUCCUUUGGGAGUGAAUCGAAGGGCGACGAUUCCUUUGGGAGUGAAUCGAAGGGCGACGAUUCCUUUGGGAGUGAAUCGAAGGGCGACGAUUCCUUUGGGAGUGAAUCGAAGGGCGACGAUUCCUUUGGGAGUGAAUCGAAGGGCGACGAUUCCUUUGGGAGUGAAUCGAAGGGCGACGAUUCCUUUGGGAGUGAAUCGAAGGGCGACGAUUCCUUUGGGAGUGAAUCGAAGGGCGACGAUUCCUUUGGGAGUGAAUCGAAGGGCGACGAUUCCUUUGGGAGUGAAUCGAAGGGCGACGAUUCCUUUGGGAGUGAAUCGAAGGGCGACGAUUCCUUUGGGAGUGAAUCGAAGGGCGACGAUUCCUUUGGGAGUGAAUCGAAGGGCGACGAUUCCUUUGGGAGUGAAUCGAAGGGCGACGAUUCCUUUGGGAGUGAAUCGAAGGGCGACGAUUCCUUUGGGAGUGAAUCGAAGGGCGACGAUUCCUUUGGGAGUGAAUCGAAGGGCGACGAUUCCUUUGGGAGUGAAUCGAAGGGCGACGAUUCCUUUGGGAGUGAAUCGAAGGGCGACGAUUCCUUUGGGAGUGAAUCGAAGGGCGACGAUUCCUUUGGGAGUGAAUCGAAGGGCGACGAUUCCUUUGGGAGUGAAUCGAAGGGCGACGAUUCCUUUGGGAGUGAAUCGAAGGGCGACGAUUCCUUUGGGAGUGAAUCGAAGGGCGACGAUUCCUUUGGGAGUGAAUCGAAGGGCGACGAUUCCUUUGGGAGUGAAUCGAAGGGCGACGAUUCCUUUGGGAGUGAAUCGAAGGGCGACGAUUCCUUUGGGAGUGAAUCGAAGGGCGACGAUUCCUUUGGGAGUGAAUCGAAGGGCGACGAUUCCUUUGGGAGUGAAUCGAAGGGCGACGAUUCCUUUGGGAGUGAAUCGAAGGGCGACGAUUCCUUUGGGAGUGAAUCGAAGGGCGACGAUUCCUUUGGGAGUGAAUCGAAGGGCGACGAUUCCUUUGGGAGUGAAUCGAAGGGCGACGAUUCCUUUGGGAGUGAAUCGAAGGGCGACGAUUCCUUUGGGAGUGAAUCGAAGGGCGACGAUUCCUUUGGGAGUGAAUCGAAGGGCGACGAUUCCUUUGGGAGUGAAUCGAAGGGCGACGAUUCCUUUGGGAGUGAAUCGAAGGGCGACGAUUCCUUUGGGAGUGAAUCGAAGGGCGACGAUUCCUUUGGGAGUGAAUCGAAGGGCGACGAUUCCUUUGGGAGUGAAUCGAAGGGCGACGAUUCCUUUGGGAGUGAAUCGAAGGGCGACGAUUCCUUUGGGAGUGAAUCGAAGGGCGACGAUUCCUUUGGGAGUGAAUCGAAGGGCGACGAUUCCUUUGGGAGUGAAUCGAAGGGCGACGAUUCCUUUGGGAGUGAAUCGAAGGGCGACGAUUCCUUUGGGAGUGAAUCGAAGGGCGACGAUUCCUUUGGGAGUGAAUCGAAGGGCGACGAUUCCUUUGGGAGUGAAUCGAAGGGCGACGAUUCCUUUGGGAGUGAAUCGAAGGGCGACGAUUCCUUUGGGAGUGAAUCGAAGGGCGACGAUUCCUUUGGGAGUGAAUCGAAGGGCGACGAUUCCUUUGGGAGUGAAUCGAAGGGCGACGAUUCCUUUGGGAGUGAAUCGAAGGGCGACGAUUCCUUUGGGAGUGAAUCGAAGGGCGACGAUUCCUUUGGGAGUGAAUCGAAGGGCGACGAUUCCUUUGGGAGUGAAUCGAAGGGCGACGAUUCCUUUGGGAGUGAAUCGAAGGGCGACGAUUCCUUUGGGAGUGAAUCGAAGGGCGACGAUUCCUUUGGGAGUGAAUCGAAGGGCGACGAUUCCUUUGGGAGUGAAUCGAAGGGCGACGAUUCCUUUGGGAGUGAAUCGAAGGGCGACGAUUCCUUUGGGAGUGAAUCGAAGGGCGACGAUUCCUUUGGGAGUGAAUCGAAGGGCGACGAUUCCUUUGGGAGUGAAUCGAAGGGCGACGAUUCCUUUGGGAGUGAAUCGAAGGGCGACGAUUCCUUUGGGAGUGAAUCGAAGGGCGACGAUUCCUUUGGGAGUGAAUCGAAGGGCGACGAUUCCUUUGGGAGUGAAUCGAAGGGCGACGAUUCCUUUGGGAGUGAAUCGAAGGGCGACGAUUCCUUUGGGAGUGAAUCGAAGGGCGACGAUUCCUUUGGGAGUGAAUCGAAGGGCGACGAUUCCUUUGGGAGUGAAUCGAAGGGCGACGAUUCCUUUGGGAGUGAAUCGAAGGGCGACGAUUCCUUUGGGAGUGAAUCGAAGGGCGACGAUUCCUUUGGGAGUGAAUCGAAGGGCGACGAUUCCUUUGGGAGUGAAUCGAAGGGCGACGAUUCCUUUGGGAGUGAAUCGAAGGGCGACGAUUCCUUUGGGAGUGAAUCGAAGGGCGACGAUUCCUUUGGGAGUGAAUCGAAGGGCGACGAUUCCUUUGGGAGUGAAUCGAAGGGCGACGAUUCCUUUGGGAGUGAAUCGAAGGGCGACGAUUCCUUUGGGAGUGAAUCGAAGGGCGACGAUUCCUUUGGGAGUGAAUCGAAGGGCGACGAUUCCUUUGGGAGUGAAUCGAAGGGCGACGAUUCCUUUGGGAGUGAAUCGAAGGGCGACGAUUCCUUUGGGAGUGAAUCGAAGGGCGACGAUUCCUUUGGGAGUGAAUCGAAGGGCGACGAUUCCUUUGGGAGUGAAUCGAAGGGCGACGAUUCCUUUGGGAGUGAAUCGAAGGGCGACGAUUCCUUUGGGAGUGAAUCGAAGGGCGACGAUUCCUUUGGGAGUGAAUCGAAGGGCGACGAUUCCUUUGGGAGUGAAUCGAAGGGCGACGAUUCCUUUGGGAGUGAAUCGAAGGGCGACGAUUCCUUUGGGAGUGAAUCGAAGGGCGACGAUUCCUUUGGGAGUGAAUCGAAGGGCGACGAUUCCUUUGGGAGUGAAUCGAAGGGCGACGAUUCCUUUGGGAGUGAAUCGAAGGGCGACGAUUCCUUUGGGAGUGAAUCGAAGGGCGACGAUUCCUUUGGGAGUGAAUCGAAGGGCGACGAUUCCUUUGGGAGUGAAUCGAAGGGCGACGAUUCCUUUGGGAGUGAAUCGAAGGGCGACGAUUCCUUUGGGAGUGAAUCGAAGGGCGACGAUUCCUUUGGGAGUGAAUCGAAGGGCGACGAUUCCUUUGGGAGUGAAUCGAAGGGCGACGAUUCCUUUGGGAGUGAAUCGAAGGGCGACGAUUCCUUUGGGAGUGAAUCGAAGGGCGACGAUUCCUUUGGGAGUGAAUCGAAGGGCGACGAUUCCUUUGGGAGUGAAUCGAAGGGCGACGAUUCCUUUGGGAGUGAAUCGAAGGGCGACGAUUCCUUUGGGAGUGAAUCGAAGGGCGACGAUUCCUUUGGGAGUGAAUCGAAGGGCGACGAUUCCUUUGGGAGUGAAUCGAAGGGCGACGAUUCCUUUGGGAGUGAAUCGAAGGGCGACGAUUCCUUUGGGAGUGAAUCGAAGGGCGACGAUUCCUUUGGGAGUGAAUCGAAGGGCGACGAUUCCUUUGGGAGUGAAUCGAAGGGCGACGAUUCCUUUGGGAGUGAAUCGAAGGGCGACGAUUCCUUUGGGAGUGAAUCGAAGGGCGACGAUUCCUUUGGGAGUGAAUCGAAGGGCGACGAUUCCUUUGGGAGUGAAUCGAAGGGCGACGAUUCCUUUGGGAGUGAAUCGAAGGGCGACGAUUCCUUUGGGAGUGAAUCGAAGGGCGACGAUUCCUUUGGGAGUGAAUCGAAGGGCGACGAUUCCUUUGGGAGUGAAUCGAAGGGCGACGAUUCCUUUGGGAGUGAAUCGAAGGGCGACGAUUCCUUUGGGAGUGAAUCGAAGGGCGACGAUUCCUUUGGGAGUGAAUCGAAGGGCGACGAUUCCUUUGGGAGUGAAUCGAAGGGCGACGAUUCCUUUGGGAGUGAAUCGAAGGGCGACGAUUCCUUUGGGAGUGAAUCGAAGGGCGACGAUUCCUUUGGGAGUGAAUCGAAGGGCGACGAUUCCUUUGGGAGUGAAUCGAAGGGCGACGAUUCCUUUGGGAGUGAAUCGAAGGGCGACGAUUCCUUUGGGAGUGAAUCGAAGGGCGACGAUUCCUUUGGGAGUGAAUCGAAGGGCGACGAUUCCUUUGGGAGUGAAUCGAAGGGCGACGAUUCCUUUGGGAGUGAAUCGAAGGGCGACGAUUCCUUUGGGAGUGAAUCGAAGGGCGACGAUUCCUUUGGGAGUGAAUCGAAGGGCGACGAUUCCUUUGGGAGUGAAUCGAAGGGCGACGAUUCCUUUGGGAGUGAAUCGAAGGGCGACGAUUCCUUUGGGAGUGAAUCGAAGGGCGACGAUUCCUUUGGGAGUGAAUCGAAGGGCGACGAUUCCUUUGGGAGUGAAUCGAAGGGCGACGAUUCCUUUGGGAGUGAAUCGAAGGGCGACGAUUCCUUUGGGAGUGAAUCGAAGGGCGACGAUUCCUUUGGGAGUGAAUCGAAGGGCGACGAUUCCUUUGGGAGUGAAUCGAAGGGCGACGAUUCCUUUGGGAGUGAAUCGAAGGGCGACGAUUCCUUUGGGAGUGAAUCGAAGGGCGACGAUUCCUUUGGGAGUGAAUCGAAGGGCGACGAUUCCUUUGGGAGUGAAUCGAAGGGCGACGAUUCCUUUGGGAGUGAAUCGAAGGGCGACGAUUCCUUUGGGAGUGAAUCGAAGGGCGACGAUUCCUUUGGGAGUGAAUCGAAGGGCGACGAUUCCUUUGGGAGUGAAUCGAAGGGCGACGAUUCCUUUGGGAGUGAAUCGAAGGGCGACGAUUCCUUUGGGAGUGAAUCGAAGGGCGACGAUUCCUUUGGGAGUGAAUCGAAGGGCGACGAUUCCUUUGGGAGUGAAUCGAAGGGCGACGAUUCCUUUGGGAGUGAAUCGAAGGGCGACGAUUCCUUUGGGAGUGAAUCGAAGGGCGACGAUUCCUUUGGGAGUGAAUCGAAGGGCGACGAUUCCUUUGGGAGUGAAUCGAAGGGCGACGAUUCCUUUGGGAGUGAAUCGAAGGGCGACGAUUCCUUUGGGAGUGAAUCGAAGGGCGACGAUUCCUUUGGGAGUGAAUCGAAGGGCGACGAUUCCUUUGGGAGUGAAUCGAAGGGCGACGAUUCCUUUGGGAGUGAAUCGAAGGGCGACGAUUCCUUUGGGAGUGAAUCGAAGGGCGACGAUUCCUUUGGGAGUGAAUCGAAGGGCGACGAUUCCUUUGGGAGUGAAUCGAAGGGCGACGAUUCCUUUGGGAGUGAAUCGAAGGGCGACGAUUCCUUUGGGAGUGAAUCGAAGGGCGACGAUUCCUUUGGGAGUGAAUCGAAGGGCGACGAUUCCUUUGGGAGUGAAUCGAAGGGCGACGAUUCCUUUGGGAGUGAAUCGAAGGGCGACGAUUCCUUUGGGAGUGAAUCGAAGGGCGACGAUUCCUUUGGGAGUGAAUCGAAGGGCGACGAUUCCUUUGGGAGUGAAUCGAAGGGCGACGAUUCCUUUGGGAGUGAAUCGAAGGGCGACGAUUCCUUUGGGAGUGAAUCGAAGGGCGACGAUUCCUUUGGGAGUGAAUCGAAGGGCGACGAUUCCUUUGGGAGUGAAUCGAAGGGCGACGAUUCCUUUGGGAGUGAAUCGAAGGGCGACGAUUCCUUUGGGAGUGAAUCGAAGGGCGACGAUUCCUUUGGGAGUGAAUCGAAGGGCGACGAUUCCUUUGGGAGUGAAUCGAAGGGCGACGAUUCCUUUGGGAGUGAAUCGAAGGGCGACGAUUCCUUUGGGAGUGAAUCGAAGGGCGACGAUUCCUUUGGGAGUGAAUCGAAGGGCGACGAUUCCUUUGGGAGUGAAUCGAAGGGCGACGAUUCCUUUGGGAGUGAAUCGAAGGGCGACGAUUCCUUUGGGAGUGAAUCGAAGGGCGACGAUUCCUUUGGGAGUGAAUCGAAGGGCGACGAUUCCUUUGGGAGUGAAUCGAAGGGCGACGAUUCCUUUGGGAGUGAAUCGAAGGGCGACGAUUCCUUUGGGAGUGAAUCGAAGGGCGACGAUUCCUUUGGGAGUGAAUCGAAGGGCGACGAUUCCUUUGGGAGUGAAUCGAAGGGCGACGAUUCCUUUGGGAGUGAAUCGAAGGGCGACGAUUCCUUUGGGAGUGAAUCGAAGGGCGACGAUUCCUUUGGGAGUGAAUCGAAGGGCGACGAUUCCUUUGGGAGUGAAUCGAAGGGCGACGAUUCCUUUGGGAGUGAAUCGAAGGGCGACGAUUCCUUUGGGAGUGAAUCGAAGGGCGACGAUUCCUUUGGGAGUGAAUCGAAGGGCGACGAUUCCUUUGGGAGUGAAUCGAAGGGCGACGAUUCCUUUGGGAGUGAAUCGAAGGGCGACGAUUCCUUUGGGAGUGAAUCGAAGGGCGACGAUUCCUUUGGGAGUGAAUCGAAGGGCGACGAUUCCUUUGGGAGUGAAUCGAAGGGCGACGAUUCCUUUGGGAGUGAAUCGAAGGGCGACGAUUCCUUUGGGAGUGAAUCGAAGGGCGACGAUUCCUUUGGGAGUGAAUCGAAGGGCGACGAUUCCUUUGGGAGUGAAUCGAAGGGCGACGAUUCCUUUGGGAGUGAAUCGAAGGGCGACGAUUCCUUUGGGAGUGAAUCGAAGGGCGACGAUUCCUUUGGGAGUGAAUCGAAGGGCGACGAUUCCUUUGGGAGUGAAUCGAAGGGCGACGAUUCCUUUGGGAGUGAAUCGAAGGGCGACGAUUCCUUUGGGAGUGAAUCGAAGGGCGACGAUUCCUUUGGGAGUGAAUCGAAGGGCGACGAUUCCUUUGGGAGUGAAUCGAAGGGCGACGAUUCCUUUGGGAGUGAAUCGAAGGGCGACGAUUCCUUUGGGAGUGAAUCGAAGGGCGACGAUUCCUUUGGGAGUGAAUCGAAGGGCGACGAUUCCUUUGGGAGUGAAUCGAAGGGCGACGAUUCCUUUGGGAGUGAAUCGAAGGGCGACGAUUCCUUUGGGAGUGAAUCGAAGGGCGACGAUUCCUUUGGGAGUGAAUCGAAGGGCGACGAUUCCUUUGGGAGUGAAUCGAAGGGCGACGAUUCCUUUGGGAGUGAAUCGAAGGGCGACGAUUCCUUUGGGAGAGAAUCGAAGGGCGACGAUUCCUUUGGGAGUGAAUCGAAGGGCGACGAUUCCUUUGGGAGUGAAUUGUUGCCCUUUUGA